UCUCACACGCUUCUAGAGACCAGACCAUCUGUCCAAGACAUCACUUAUUUGCCAUACUCAGUGUACUUUGCGCAGUGAACAUGCCAAGCCAGCUAGAGGGAGCAAUGGACGCUCUGAUCCGUGUCUUCUACAACUAUUCUGGUAAUGAGGGAGACAAAUAUAAACUGAACAAAGGAGAGCUGAAAGAGCUUCUGAACAGUGAGCUCACCGACUUCCUCACAUCACAAAAGGACCCUAUGCUUGUGGAGAAAAUUAUGAAUGAUCUUGACUCCAAUAAAGACAAUGAAGUUGAUUUUAACGAGUUUGUGGUACUGGUGGCAGCAUUGACUGUUGCCUGUAAUGACUUCUUUCAGGAAGUGCAGAAAAACAAAUGAGAGUGCAGCUGUCACACUCUAUAAAAUAUAUGUUAUAAUACUGUGCUAAAACUUCCCCUUUUAGAUUGUAAUUGUAAAUGUGCACAAAUAAAGUGUGUAAAUCCUUGUGUGGAUGAUAGUGUGUGUCAUGUUUGUGUGUUUAUCUGAAUCAGAAAAUGUCCCACUUAAAUAAUAUUCACUGUAUAUAUAUUUGUGAAAUGUAUCCAUUAAAAAUAUGACUAUUGGAGAAAAAAUUAAAUGGAUAUGAUCCAUUUAAUAUUAUUGCCAAAAUCAGAAUUACUGGGUUACUUCCAUUAAAAUCCUUGCUUUUACAUGCUAAAUUGUAUGCAGGUUAAAUCAGGGGAUUUCUGUUGUGUGUAUCAGAAUUUGUCAUAGAUUUUAUUUAAUAGAUAAUUGCUGUUAAUAAAUAUAAUC